ACACAUUUCAUUGGCCGUUACCCGCCUCUGACGGGGUUUCCGGCUUUGCUUACGGCAGGCAACAAAUUUGGUGCGUUCCGCCUACGCUACUGCCGUUAUGUUUUGGUGACACCCAGGCGUGCUCAAAGGGUGCUCGCCAUGGGAUGGAGGAACGCCCUGCAGAUAUUUUCGAACGAUUCUUCGCCGCCUCUGUUGUACCAGCAACAGGGCUGCCUAGUGGCUGCGUUGGAUACGUACCCGUUGGACAAGCGGUGCCACGAAUUGAGCCGCCUGUUCCACGAGUUGCCCUUUAAGGAACUGCAGCACUACUUGCCGACGGUGUUGGAGCAUGUGUUUGGCUUUGGUGUCAAUGUUGGCUGGGGCCUGCAGAACAUCACUCACGGUCAGCCGGGAUUCGAUGCUGUUCGCCGCUUCCUCAGUCCUGAAGGCCCACUGCUGCUGCUCGUCUAUCGGCUACUGUCGGACGCAAGUGUCAACUACGAAUUUCCGGUGUCCUGCUUGCCUCUGGACACUCGGCGUACCCUGAGCAUGGGCGGUGUGCCCCCUUUCUGCUCUGGAAGGAUACCAUCACUAGGAGCUCUCGGACCACAGGGACCCACUGUCCUGCAAAUCAAUGCCUUCGAGCUGUACAUGUUCCAUUUUGCCUACUACAUCGUCAACCCGUCGCAGCCGGGCACUCAGCAUCAGCUUCAGCAGCCCGUGGUCCUGGACACCAUCGUUGGGGAAGGCCAGAAAGCGUCUGGGACCAUCCUGGAAUGCCUCUACCUGGCUCUGCUCCAGGACUACCUGCACUACUACCUGCCACAUGACCGCGACUAUGCGCCCGAGCUGCCUGGCUACCACCCACACCACCAAGUGCCUUCCUUUGGCGGGAGCAUGCCACCCAGUCCUCUGUACCGGGAGCGGGACACGGUCUUCUGGAAUGGGACGUCUUCCCCGGGCGGAAUCUGCCCGAACAGCGCCGCCGGCGUCCCGCACCGCCACGCCAACAAUGAGCCGUGCCUGAUUCGCAAGGACAUUCUGCCGAGCAUUUACUCGGGGUCCGGCAACAUGAGCAACUACUCCCCGACCACUCCGCCACGCCACUACGGCACGACCGUGGUGUCGACACCACCUUCUGGGUUUCCAGUUCUGACGUCAUCGCCGGUGCCGGCAGUGGGUUGCAGCAAUCCUCACGCACGCGUCUCGGAGACCUUCUUGGAGGUCCUGCUCGAGUUUUGGCUGGGCCGGCAGCAGGUGGCCGCAGCCAUGUUCGGCAGGACUCCGUCGGGUUCCGGUUCGCCGUACGGUAGUCCGGGUACUGCGCCCUCUUCGGUGUCAUUUCACCACACCUUCAGCAUGACCGAGGAUUCUGCGGUACCCAGCCAGUUUCACAUGCUCAUAGUGCGAGUGAUGGUCAAGCACUUGCACCAGUUUCGAUACACUGCUUGGCGGAACACCAGCAGCAGUGCUGCCUACCCAUGCAACAUCCAGACCCCUAUGGAUGACAUCAAGCUGAAGGUGUUGCCACGGCUCUUUCGCAAGCGGCUCUACAUGUUCCUCAAGCAUGCCCUCGCCAGUUGGCCACUGGACAGCUCUUUGCGCCUUCCGCUGGAGACGUGGCUGAGUUUCAUCCAACCCUGGAGAUACGCCUCCCCACAAAUCAGGCACGGCGACCGGCACAAGUCACCCAGCCAGGGCGUCGAAGCCCACUGGCAGCCAUUUGUGCAGGAGCACCUGCUCUUCUACACAGAGCUGCUGGGAGUGUUUUUGCCACGCUUCUUUCGCAUGGACCUGGCAAGCCGCUACUGUGCAUUCACGCUGUAUCGGGUUACCAAGGUCCUUUUUCAGCCUAACCUGUUUGCGAUGAUCACGGAAGCGGAAGCGAGCCUCGGCAGUGCCGGACAGUCGGCGUCGCCAGUGGGCAACGCUCUGCAGCGACAGGCGGUGAGUGCCCCAGUGGCCACCUUGGUGCGGCAGCACAUGGCCGACAUUGAAGAGCCUGGCUUUGUCUACCGGCCCCUCAACGGUGAAGAGAGACGCAAAGAGGUAAUCCACCUGGUGCAGCUAGCGAGGCAGGCAUGCCGGACCAUCAACAGACAGCUAGAGCAAAAGCUUGGCGUCGGGGGCAACCACAACGGCAGCGGUGUGCAACAGCACAACGAUCUCUUCAAUGCCGGAAGCAGUAGUGGAGGCGGCCGCCUGGGUUGGUGUUGGGGCGUGCUAAAGCGCACUGGCAAGAGGUGGCUAAGCUCACUCGUUGCCUCCGGGGUCCCCGACGAGGUGGCCGAGUGGAAGCGAACGCAUCACUACUUGCGGGCCUCUGUUGAAGAGCUCUGCGGCGCCUUCAAGCUGAACAAGGAUACCGAGCUGUCUACCUUGCCCCUUAAUGGGUAUGAGCCAGUAUCGUUGUUUGCGUCAUCACGCGACGUCACCGACUCCAUCGAGGGGCAGAAUGGCUUCCGGCAGUGCCUGGACAACACAAAAGCCUACAACUAUCAUGGAAAUCCUGAUACGGAACCCAUUCGUAGCUACGAGGUGGUCUUUCUCGUUCGCAUGCUCCACCUGCUGUCCACUGCCAUAAAUGACAAGUACGGACCCCAGCUGCAAGGGCUGUACGGCAGCUCCCGCUUUGUUGGCCAUGUGGCACGUCUACUGCUGCAGCCGCCGACUGUCUACACCGAGGUUGUCAAGAGGGGGGUCGGCACGCCGUACGACUACCGGCAGCACAGGCUGCCCGCCCGGGUCUGCUUGCGGACACUGGCUCACAAGCAGUUCAUCGUCUACUUGUGUGUCCUGCUGUUCCUGGGCUACACUUGGGACUACGGUCCCUUCACGGUCUGCCUGAUUGUGCUGGAGUGCUUCAGCAUCAGCCUGCUCUUCAGGGCGACAUGGUCCUGGGGAGUGGAACGUCUUCAGUGGCGCCAACCCCACCAGGCUGUGGACUGAGUUGCCGUAAACACCGGUUGUAGCGAGAGUUCUUGACACGGUUAUGUCAAGUCAGUCGGUGGCUGCACAACAUUUACACGUGUAGCGUGGUGCCAAACUUUGUCAGCAGUGCCUAGUGACUGGAAGGCAGUGAAAAGGUUCAGCAUCUUGUCGAAGAUACCCUAGCAGAUGUGUACAUCUGUACAAGUGGAAAAGCUGGUUGGGAGUCUGUGUUCGCGUACUCUUCAAUGCCUGUACAAAUGGUGGUUGGUGAACGUAAGAGUCAGCAGCGUAUUUGAAGGGCUUCCGUGUGGUCUUAACUUUUUCAGAGCGAACCCAGAAAGCUUGGGCAUUUUGCUCGCACCAUGAGCAUUUGUACAGACGUAUAUUAUUGUUGCAUUUACUUUGUAUACACCUGAUGACGCAUUUGUAAGGGAAGCAUCCUUGCAAGUUAAGGCAGAGUACUUCGUGGGUUUGCAUUUGCCUGGAUUAAGUUAUGCUGCUACAUGUAGUGCAGAGGCUGUUUUACCCAUAAGGUACAACUCUGAAAUUAUACAAGGAGCUUACUCUAGCCCCGGUGCACAUUCCUGACAUGGGGCAUUGCCAGUGCCACUAAUAUGCAAUCGGGUUAAGCGGCGAUGGGCAAAACAUGGCUCAUUGGUGUUUACUUUCACGUAAUAAGUGGUAGUUAAUAUUAGAGUAAGCCGACAAUGAAUAAAACAUGUGUAUUACUUUCACAA